AUGAAAUCUCGACAGAGAUGGCGAAAGAAUCGGGGUGCUAACAAGGCUACAUUAAACGCCUACGAGAAUCUAGAUUCAUUGUGGGCUAGUACAUACACCGGCUGCCGUACCAAUGCAGGAUAUCAAGACCACGUUAUUGCUAUCCUCCAGGAGGUGGAUAUCAUAGGGUGGGAUGAUGUUAGACCUGGUUGUGAAAAAGAGUUGUUGGAAGCACGAGUGUUAGCCAGGGAUGCCGAGGCACUUGUGCAAUCUGUCACUAAUCUUGAGGGUCCAUACUCAGAUCGGCUCAAAACUGAUUGUGCUCAAAUUCUUUUCAGAAUGCAGCUAUGGGUUGCGGCAGAAGAACAGAUAAUUGCAUUGAUGGACCAAGGGCCGGAGGUACUCAAUCAAGCUCUCUUCGAGGACAAGCUUGUCUGGCAGUGUUCGUAG